AUGAAUAGACAGAUUCAUGGCGGCAACCCAACCACCGCAGAAGAGAUACCAGCCGAACAAGAUAACAUGAAGGAGCAGUCUUCUCAGAGUACAGCGACUAUAGGUCAUUCGAGGGAGACCACAAGUCAAUCAGGAUCUUUAGGUUUCGGCAGUGAUGGUCCUCUGUAUCCUCCUAAUGUGUAUGCUCCCCAAGCUCAGGCUUUCUACUACAGAGGUUUUGACAAUGGCAAUGGUGAAUGGGAUGAAUAUUCUUCGUAUGUCAAUUCUGAGGGAUUAGAAAUUGGAUCUCCUGGUGUCUACAAUGAAAAUCCAUCUCUUAUUUUCCAUUCUGGAUAUGGCUUCAACCCACAAAUGCCUUAUGGACCAUAUUCCCCAGUUACCACACCUUUGCCUUCUGUAGGUGGAGACACACAGUUAUACUCCUCGCAGCAAUUUCCAUACACUGGACCACCUUAUUAUCCUCAGCUGAUUCCUCCUAGUUUAUCAUAUCUUAAUUCACCUACUCCAGUUUCACAGCCAGAGCUCACCAACCUGGUAGGUAUUGACCAACAAGUUGAUAACAUGUUUUUUGGACCAAGAGCAGGCUAUCCAUCAGUGGGAUCUUUUGGUAGAGGCAGCUUUCCUGUAGCACCUGGUUCGUUUGGCUUUCAUGAAUCCCAACAAGGAUUUGAGGGAUCAAGAUCCGGUGGAAUCUGGUCAGAUUGCUCAAAACCCUCUGAAAGACAGAGAUCUUUGAUGCCUCUAUCUCCAUCUGUUUCUCCACAGCCAAUGAGCUCACUUGGGUCAUUUGGGCCGAGUGUUGGAAUGGCUUCUCAUCAACAGCAACCAUUGUAUGGGUUUGGAUCUGGUUCAAACUCUUAUGGUAGAGGCUUCCUGCCUAACCAGGGCUCUAGCUUUGGAGGCACUUCUAUUUCCAAUCUUAAUGAUAGAAGUUGUGCUUCUCUUGAAAAUAGCAGGAGGCAAGGGCGGCCAUCUGCAUCCCUUUGCAAUUGUAAUGGUACUCUUGAUAUCCUUAGUGAGCAGAACCGAGGACCGAGGGCCUCAAAGCUGAAAAAUCAAAUUUUGGCUGAAAAAAAUUCUGUGGAUAAUAGUAAAAAUAGUGCAUCUACUGCCAAGUUCCAAAAUGAAUCACUCAAUCGGUCAGAUUUUGCCAUAGAUUACAAGGAUGCCAAAUUUUUUGUCAUCAAAUCUUACAGUGAAGAUAAUGUUCACAAGAGCAUUAAAUAUGGUGUCUGGGCUAGUACACCAAAUGGAAACAGGAAGUUGGAUGCUGCAUAUCGCCAAGCAAUGGAGAAGCAAGAUGCCUGCCCUAUAUUUCUCUUUUUCUCGGUAAAUGCUAGUGCUCAGUUCUGUGGAGUAGCUGAAAUGGUUGGACCUGUCAAUUUUGACAAGAGUGUCGACUUCUGGCAGCAAGAUAAGUGGAGUGGGCAGUUUCCGGUGAAGUGGCAGAUAAUUAAAGACGUUCCAAACAGUCAAUUUCGUCACAUUGUUCUUGAAAAUAAUGAUAACAAGCCUGUGACUAACAGUCGAGAUACCCAGGAGGUGAAGUUGCCUCAGGGGAUUGAAAUGUUGACCAUUUUUAAAAACUAUGAAACUGAUGUUUCCAUCCUUGAUGAUUUUGAUUUUUAUGAAGACCGGCAGAAGGCUAUGCAAGAAAGGAAGGCACGGCAGCAAAGCAGCAUGAUGGCUACUGGGUUAGUGGGAGAAAAUGAGCAUAGGAGUUCUGCAAACACUACUGGUGAUUUAAUGAAGCAGAUGUCAAAGAGCUUUGCAAUAGUUGUCCGCUUAGACGAGAAUAACAACGAAGUUGCUCCGGACAGAGAUAGUUUAGUCUCUCAUGGCCCCAUUGGUAAUGUAGUUAAAUGUGAUGAUGGUCAAUCAGUGACGUCUUCUUCAACUCAAACCAAUUAG